UUUCCAUGUAAUGCUCUAAGUUUUUAUUAUUUAAAUAAACAAAGACUUGUUUAUAUGAAUCCUGUACUAUUACUGUUGUAGAACAGUACUAACAAACAAUCCUGUAUUAUUUUUUGGUAAGAAAGAGAAAGAGAAUGAAGAGUGGCGAAGGAAAGGUGGUGUGUGUGACUGGUGCUUCAGGUUAUAUUGCUUCAUGGGUUGUCAAGUUUCUCCUCCAACGUGGUUACACUGUUAGAGCCACUGUUCGUGACCCAAGUAAUCCCAAAAAGGUUGACCACUUGCUUAAACUUGAUGGAGCAAAGGAAAGGUUGCAACUGUUUAAGGCAGAUCUACUAGAAGAAGGUUCCUUUGAUUCUGUUAUUCAAGGCUGUCAUGGUGUCUUUCACACUGCUUCAGCUGUUCUUUUUGUUUUCGACGACCCUCAGACACAGUUAAUUGAUCCUGCAGUGAAGGGAACUCUUAAUGUUGUUAAGUCAUGUGCAAAAUCACCAUCUGUCAAAAGGGUUGUUGUAACUUCUUCUAUUGCCACAGCUUUAUAUAAUGGAGCACCUCGAACUCCAGAAGUUGUAGUUGAUGAGACAUGGUUUUCAAAUUCAGAUUUCUUAUGGGAACAAAAGAUGUGGUAUCAAUAUGCAAAGACUUCAGCUGAGGAAGUUGCCACCAAAUUUCUAACAGAAAACAACAUUGACUACGUUGUUAUGAAUCCAGCAGUGACAAUAGGGCCUCUCUUGCAGCCAGAGCUUAAUGGAAGUUCCAAUUUAGUUCUUAACUUACUAAAUGGCUCAGAAACAUUUAUGAAUGCUGCUUUUGGAUGGGUGAAUGUGAAGGAUGUUGCAAAUGCUCAUAUUGAAGCAUAUGAGGAUGGUUCAGCUAGUGGAAGAUAUUGUUUGUGUGAAAGAGUGAUACACUUUUCUGAACUUACAAACAUUUUGCGUCGUAUGUACCCAACACUACAAAUUCCAGACAAGUGUGCAGACGAUAAGCCUUAUAUGCAAACAUUCCAAGUCUCUAAAGAAAAGGCCAAGACAUUAGGAAUUGAAUUUAUUCCCUUGGAAGAGAGCCUCAAAGAAAUAGUAGAAAGUUUCAAAGAAAAGAAGUUUGUUAGCUUAUAGUUUCUGAUAUUUCAUCGAGGAAUAUUGGUUGUAACUUUGGUUUCAGAAAUUCUGCUUAAGGAUGAGAGUUAUUUAUUGAUGUGAAAUAAGGCUUGUUACUGUGUCAAAACAAGCUGGUUCAAAUUUGCUAUUUACUCAUGACUGUGCUUUGCAAUCACAAUUCUAUGAUAGAGUUGAAUUAAUGAAAUUAUAAAUGCGUGUCUGCAAAAAAUUGUGUACUUCCAGUCUUUUAAUUCGUGUAAUAGAGCCAUAAUGACAAUAAAAUUAUAA